AUGCUUUACCUAAUUGAGCCCAUUAAGUUUUUUAUUCAAUACAAUAACCUUCUUAUUUUUCCCUCAUGCUUUCUUCCGCCUAACCAGGCUGCAUUGACUCUUCUUCUCAGUCUCCUCGAAGCCAAUUCUCGCGUUCGUGGCCUUAUCGCCAAUGGUUCAGUGAUUACCAUUAAUUGGUCAACUUCCUUCUCUUUUGAGGCCACUAAACCACCAGCCAGUCACAGCUCUAAGUCCCCGAAAGGAUAUCGGCUCGCGCUUGAGCUCCUGCGCUUCACCUUUAAAUUCAGCCAAAUGGAUUUGAUUUCUGCUACUGGAGCCAAUCCAGACAGAGCUUCUUCUAGUCUCAAGGAAUGUUUGCUGACAUUCAAAAAAAUUAGGUCAAUCCUACUUUCUGCCACAGAGGCUCACGGUCUUUUGUCUUCAAUCCUUGAGCUGUUGCAGGAUGCAGUUUUUCAUUCUGAUUGGCUAUUGGUCACCGGCGGCCUCAUCUUUGUUGCUAGCUAUUGCUCCCGUGCUAGCUACACGCAUACCUUAUCUGAGCAUAUCUCCAACACAGCAUCCUCUAAUCGUCGACGAAAGCGUUGCACUUUUUCUAAGUCAAAUAGUUUUGAUGAUACUUCAAGUCAUGUCCUAACGACAGAAACUGUGAAUGAUAACCAGUCUGCUAGAAUUCGACAAGCGUUACUUGCCCUUGAUGUAGCGCAGCCCGAUCUUCUUUUCCUCCUAGCUACUCUUGGUCUUGCCCUCCCUUCUCAUGACCUUUGCCUCACAAAGGCUCCUCAACAACAACAACAAAGUUCUGGUACGACAUCUAUCUGUUCUAACUCCAUCUUUGAGGAUGUGGAGCGUGCUGGACAGCGAGCUGCAACUUCAAUCUUGGCUGCGGCCCCUUCCCGCGAGGUGCGACUCCGUCUGGCCGGCCAGAUUGCAACGAUCUGGCUAAUGAACAAAGACGUUUCAAAAUCAUUUAAUUCCAAUUCAUGUGCCAAAACGAGACGAUCUAGCCUUCGUUUGACUGAGGAAACUUCACAAGUUAUUCGUAUGGUUUCAUCUUUGAGACGAAUAUUCAGUCUUUGCAGAAUUUUGGAGCAGUGA